AUGACAUGGACUUGCGGCACCUGCUGGCGCGAUUUUUCGACAGGCUGGCGGCCGCGUGAGCAGCGUCUCAACUCCGCUGGUCACGAGACUCCGGACAAUGAGUGCGAGUCCUGCCGUCGCGGCUUUAAUAUCCACCAAGCAGUCGAGCUGGACGCGGACGCGCUCGACCACGGGGCCGACGGUUGUUUCUUCGAGAGUACCGAACACAAGUGUGGCGACUGCUCGGACUGCUUCCCCCAUGAGAAGGACCUCCGCGACCACCAAGUUCGAGAGCACUACUACUGUCAGCCAUGCAACCGGUGCUUCCGGAGCCACAAUGACGUUCGCCAGCACCUUAACUCCAAGACCCAUCGCGUUGCUACCAUUCGCUGCCCCUUCUGCACCCAGACGUGCAACACGGCCGCUGAUCUUGUCCAUCACCUUGAGCAGGGCGCCUGUCCCAACACCCCUCUUGAUCGCGAGACCCUGUACGAAACCGUCCGUCGCCGCGAUCCCAACGGCCUGAUCUCCAAGAGCCUCCAGGGCUUGUCCGCCUCUCCGACGUACACCGCCACCGAGCGAGCCUACAACACUGCCGCCGUCGCCUACCAGUGCUACCUCUGUCACCGUUACUUCACCACACUGCAGGGUCUCAACAUGCACUUGAACUCAACGGUACACAAGCAGGUUCUCUACCACUGCCCCAGCCGAAGUUGCCGCCGCAAAUUCAAAUCCCUCGCCGGCGUCGUCUACCACUUGGAGAGCGAGUCAUGCACCUUUAUGCGCUUCGCCUCGGUUCAGCGCAAUGUUGCGAGGACCAUCGACCCGCUAUGCAUCCUUUCUUUUUAAACAUCGACGCUAAUCAGACCACCUACAAUCACAAGAAAAGGGGGACGGGAAGGGAGUUGGCAAAGUCAUGUAUCAGCGCAAACCUGUUAUCGGUUUUCCCUAGGCUCUGCCACUUUGUACCAACUUCACGUGCUGCGGUAGAGGAUGUAAUUAGACUUAUAGCUGAGACAAGGUUUACACUCUCGAAUGCAGAUUGUGUACAAGUAUCUAUCUCUCCGGGGAAAGCCUAUUCAACGACCACUGUAGCAGUUGGAGAAAACUUACUACAGCGGUCCGUGGAGUUGCGAAC